AUGGGACGUGAAGGUCGCGACAAGAGGAAGAAGCAAUGGAUGGGCGGUCGUGAUGGAAACACUAAGCGUCAUAAAGGGACUCUAGCUGCUGCUACGAAUGCUAAAGGUCAUGGUGCAGUGCUAGUGACGUGUGAUAAAAUUAAGGAGAGACAAAGUGUCAGUGAUGCGCUUAAUAUUUUGAACGAAGCGGCUGAUCGCUUUUUCCCGCUGACUGAGAAGCGAAACGAGGAGGAGGAGAAGAAUGCAACGGAAGAAGGAGAAAGUUCAGUGCAGAAGAAGUUGCAGGAGGAGGUUGCGGAAUUGCAGACUCAGGCAAAGAAUCGACAGACGGGCAGGUUCACGCCACUGGAUACCGGAGUCAAGGGCGCUGUGCUGAUCCAAUUUAAGGACGAUAACUUGUCUCCUAUAGAUUUGUUGAGAAAGAUCUUUGAACAUGUGGAAACCACGAAGGAAUUUGCGUCCCGAUUUAUUACGAGGAUGAUCCCAUUGGAAAAGGUUGGUUACGCAAGCGUGGAGUCUAUGAAGGAGCUCGCUGCCCCGAUGAUCGAAGCGCACUUGAAGGCUUUUAAGGAAGAACAGCAGGCUGCAGUCACCGACGAGAUCUUUACCUUUGCGGUGGAGUUUAAACGACGCAAUUGCACCAACAUUAACAGCAUGGAGGUCAUUGAUGCACUGGUGGAACUGGUGGGAGAUGACAAAACCAAGGUGAACCUGACAUCACCCCGCUUUGUUUUGAUGAUUGAAGUGUUUCGAAACACGUGUGGCUUCAGCGUUUUGUCAGACUUUCAUCGAUUCAAAAAGUACAAUGUGCGCUCAAUUAUUGACCCUCCUGUCCCUGGCCAGCAGACUGCUAAGCAGACGAUCAAGGACUGCACGACAGAAACGAAAGAUGAUGCGGUGAAACCCGAUGACUUGACUGAUGAGGAAAUAGACAAGGAUGAUACACGCACCAAGCUCAAGAAUGACAAGCUGGCUGAGGAGGCAUCGAAGAAAUAG